CACUUAGAGGACAAUGUAUAAAAAGGGAAUGCAUCACUUGGAAAAACCUGUUAUCGUGUUUUAUCACACCAAUUGUAUGGUAAUAGUGGCGUGUCAUGGUUGACCACAGUCUGAUGGGGGCUUCUAAUCAAAUAAAUGAAACAAUGCAAUUUAAACAGCUUCUGAUAACUACAGUACUCAAGUCAGGACUUUGGUCUCUGUCACUUCUGUAGCAGCACAUUUAAAACAGUGUUCUCUCAAAGAAGCUAAAUUAAGAGAAGCAGAAUUAACCUUGAAAAGCUUCAGUAUUUUGCUGUUUUUGGACAGACACCAUUUUUAACAGGUCGGUGAAAAUAUCUUUUAUUUGGUGGAAAACCCCUUUGAGUGAGACGUGGGCAUUAUUGUGGCGGUGAAGACAUAUAUUUCAACUGCUUUGAACAGAUUUUGCCAUGGAUCGUGUACUGAGCAUAGCCGACCAUUACGUCUUCACGCCGUACGUUUAUCCAGCCUCGUGGCCCGAGGAUGAAGCUCUGCGUCAGAUCAUCAGCCUGUGGGUGUUGACCACCCUGGGAGCAGAGCUGAUUUACCUGGGCUUUGGUGCUCUGAACUUCUAUUGUGUGUUCGAUCAUACGCUGAUGAAACAUCCACAGUUUCUUAAGAACCAGGUCAGACAAGAAAUCCAGUUAGGAGUUGCCGCCAUCUUCUGGAUGAGCUUCCCCACAGUAGCCCUUUUCUUCUGCGAGGUCAGGGGAUUCAGCAAACUUUAUGACAACUUCAGUGAAUCCUCGCUGGGCUGGCCUGGAGUCUUCCUGAGCGUCGCUGGAUUCUUGUUCUUCACUGAUAUGUGCAUCUACUGGAUUCACCGGUGCAUGCACCAUAGGAGCAUUUACAAGCAAUUACAUAAGCAGCACCACAUAUUCAAGAUCCCUACGCCAUUUGCCAGCCAUGCCUUCCACCCAAUAGAUGGCUUCCUGCAGAGCUUACCCUACCACGUCUACCCUUUCAUCUUCCCACUCCACAAGGUCGUCUACCUCUCACUCUUUGUUUUUGUCAACAUUUGGACAAUUUCCAUACAUGACGGAGACUACCGUAUCCCGGGCUGCCUGAUAAGUCUAAUUAACGGUGCUCCUCACCAUGUAGACCAUCACCUCUACUUCUACUACAACUAUGGACAAUACUUCACACUCUGGGAUCGCCUAGGGGGCUCAUACCGACACCCCUCAGCCCUUGUCGGGAAGGGGCCACAUGACCAUGUCCGGAAGGUCAUGGCCAACUCUGCAAAGACAGAGUGA